CUCUGUUCUUACUCCUUUAAGAGUGUCGAUCGAUGGAAUUGCCAUCACAAAGCACAAGUGUGGUAAAGGAAACUUGUUCUAAGAUGUCAGAAGGAAUCUACGAAUUUGAAGGGAAUGUAACUAGCACAAAUAUUGAUUGCCCAUUAUAUGGCAAUGAAGGAGCUGACAAGACCAAACCAGGUGGAGACGUCAUUCAACAUUCAGAUUCAGCAUAUUCAAAGUGGUGGAAAAAACCUUCUGGAGUUGCUGCAGUGUGUCUGGGACUGCUGUGUGUUCUGCUUCUGGCUGAGAUCAUAGGACUGUCUGUCUACUAUGGCGUAAUUGGCUGUCAAUACUUCAUAAAAAGAGACAAACUACAGACCAGUAACAAGAACCUGACUGAAGAGAGAGACCAGCUACAGACUAGUUACAACUACCUGACAAAAGAGAGCGACCAGCUACAGACUAGAUACAAAACCCUGAGUGAAGAGAAAGACCAGCUACAGACUAGAUACAACAACCUGAUUGAAGAAGGAGACCAGCAACAGACAAGUUACAACAACCUGACAAAAGAGAGAGAACAGCUACAGACUAGAUACAAAAUCCUGAUUGAAGAGAGAGACCAGCAACAGACAAGUUACAACAACCUGACAAAAGAGAGAGACCAGCUACAUUCUAGUUACAACAACCUGACAAAAGAGAGAGACCAGCUACAGACUAGAUGCAAAACCCUGAGUGAAGAGAGAGACCAGCUACAGACUAGAUACAACAACCUGAUUGAAGAAGGAGACCAGCAACAGACAAGUUACAACAACCUGACAAAAGAGAGAGAACAGCUACAGACUAGAUACAAAAUCCUGAUUGAAGAGAGAGACCAGCAACAGACUAGUUACAACAACCUGACAAAAGAGAGAGACCAGCUACAUUCUAGUUACAACAACCUGACAAAAGAGAGAGACCAGCUACAG